UUCACACAUUAAAAAUUAUUGUAUUUUCUAAAAAAAAUAUUGUGUCACACCAGUUUUGCGAUCAAUUCAAAAAAAGUGUUGAAAAUUCAGCCCACUUCCAAAUGUGAUUGACGCAAUUCGAAUCGAUAUUGGAUUGAUCGUGAUUGAAAAUUGAAGGCAUUCUCUUAUUUUGUUUGAUUGCUUUCUUUUGAUUUGGAUAUCGAAUGUUGGUUUUAUGUUUUAAUUUGGAUUCAAAUUGAAUAAAUUUCGAAACGCAAAUAAAUAGCAACAAAAAGAAAUGGAUAUUCCCGAUCAGCUACGAAAUCUACAACAAUUGAAAAAACUAAGAUUCGACGAUGAAAAGUAUAAAACGGCUACAUCAUUAGAGCAGGCUGAAAUCGAACGUCGUGUGGAAAAAUGUUACGAUCGUUUCGAGCAAGUUCGUUAUUUGGAAAAUAAAAAAGCAUUGCCCAGCCUGCAUCGUUUGCAGCAUAUAAAAUUUUUGGAAAAUAUGCUUCGAUCGUUGUCAACCAAUUAUCAGUGCUUGGACAGUAGUCGUCCAUGGUUGAUUUAUUGGAUUUUAAAUGCGGCCCAUUUGUUAAAUUUUCGCUUUCCCGACGAAUUAUUAUCGCGAGUUGUAAAAUUUUUAGUCAAAUGUCGUUCAAAUGAUGGCGGAUUUGGCGGUGGUCCCGGACAAGUGCCACAUUUAGCAACAACAUACGGUUCGGUAAAUGCUUUAUGCAUAAUCGGAACACCAGAAGCUUAUGAUGCCAUUAAUAAACCAACGUUGUUGAAAUUUUUGUACCGUGUUCGUGAUGAUAAAACUGGUGCCUUUCGCAUGGACACUGAUGGUGAAAUUGAUGUUCGUGGUUCAUACUGUGCCGUUUCGGUUGCAAAAUUAGUUAACAUAUCAGCCGAAGAAGAGGCAAAACUGUUCAAUGGAACUGUCGAUUGGAUUGCAUCCUGUCAAACAUACGAAGGCGGGAUGGGUGGUGUACCCGACAAAGAAGCUCACGGUGGAUACACAUUUUGUGGUAUUGCCGCACUUGCUUUGCUCGGAUCAACAGGGAAAUGCAAUUUAGAUGCUUUACUUAGAUGGACAGUGAAUAAACAAAUGAAAUUUGAAGGUGGCUUCCAGGGAAGAACAAAUAAAUUAGUCGAUGGAUGCUAUUCAUUUUGGUGCGGAGCAAUUGUGCCUAUUGUACAAGCCGUUUUAUGUAAAAAAGAACCAUAUUUGAGUCGAAUACUCAAAAAACCGGUAUUUGAUGUGCGCGCAUUACAGGAGUACAUUUUUAUUUGCUGUCAACGUCCAUCAGGCGGUUUGAUUGACAAGCCUGAUACACCACCCGAUCUUUAUCACACAUGUUAUACAUUGAGCGGUGUAUCGAUUUCACAACAUUCAGAAAUAGAUGCCGAUCCAUUCGUUAUUGGUGAUAUUGUGACUAAUGAAUUAUUACCAACACAUCCGUUAUAUAAUACACCUCCAAAAUCUGCAUGGCAGGCAUUCGUGCAUUUUCAGAAUUACGGCAACAACGGCGAAUGUUGCUUUGAAGGUGAAACAACCAAUCAAGAUUGUGACAAAAAUGAUGACUUAAAUGGCCAUCAAUGUGCAAUGAGCUAUCCAAAUCGAUUUGAUGCUAGUCAAGCAAAUAAUAAAGGUCAAACGCAAAAUAAUGAAUAUCAGGGACCAUUUUAUGUACAAUCAUAUGGUAGCACGGCCGCACCAACAAAUCCAAUUCCGCCAGUUUGUCCUGUUACAAACACAUUUUUUCCACCCGUCAACUUUAGCGUUCCGCCACCAAAUUUCAACAAUGCACAAAUGAACAUAUACACAACCCAGCUACCACCACCUCCACAACCGUCGUCAGUUCAUCAAUAUAAUCAACAACAACAAAUAUAUCGACAACGGCAUUCGUAUCAAAAUUCCAGAGACCAUUCAGCACCUGUUCGCAGUUCAAAAUUUGAUGAGAGGAGAGAUACUAAAAAAUGUCAUGACCUUCAAUCAUCACGAAAACCUGAUGAUUCAACACGUUCAUUUGAAAGAAAUCGAAAUAGAGACAGAGAUAGUAAUAGAAAUAGGGACAGAGAUGGUGAAAGAAAUAAAGACAGAGACAGAUAUAGAAAUCAAGAUAGACGCAGAGAUAGAGACAGAGAAACACACAGAAAUAGAGACAAAGUUGUGGUUGACAAAAGGCGGAUUAGAGAUAGAAAAAGUGACAAUGUCAAUGACCCACCCAGAAGAGAUGAUCACAAAAGGAAUAGAGAUCGGGACAGAGAUGCUAAAGACCGGGUGAAAGACAAAAGCCGAGACCGAAGUUACCAAAAUUGUGAUAAUCGUGGCCGAAAAUAUAGUACACAUCCGGAUCGAAGUAGAAGCGAUUCAACUUUUUCAAAGACAUCAACUAGUUCGAAAAGUGACACACGAAAUAUUGAUGAUCGAACAAAUUCGGUUCAACUAAAACCAAGUUCAAGUUGCUCAUCGCGUACUUUGUCAACUAAACGAGAAACGUCACAGGCUCGAUCCGAUGGGUGUGAAACUAAAAAUUCGCCCGAAAAAUCAUUAUCAGUCAAAGAACCUACCGAAAGGGCACGCAUUUUACAAAAGUGGCGCAGUAAUUUUUGUAAAACUUCUGAAGAUAUAACGCGUAAAUUAGAAGAGUUGAACGAAGAUGCAGAGAAAGAAACUUAUAUACGAUCGUCGCCGGCUGAGUUGUUUUAUAGACGAACACCGAACAAUGAAAUCGAAGGCAAAACACGCUCCGAGCAUUUAUGCAAUUUAUUUCGGUUUGAACUUGUUGAACGCGGUAAACGUGCACGCCAAUCCAAACCGGUGAUUGUCGACAAGCCCAGGAAACGACGGCAUCGCGUGUGCCGACAUAAAGGAGAUGAUAAAUGCUCAUCAUCUGAUUCGUCAGAUAAUGAUUUGCAUAUCGAAGACGAUUCUCCCAUGGAAGAAUUAACGAAAAAAACAAAACAUCCAUAUCGAUUGCAUAAGGAUUUAUGGCACAAUGAACCCGGUGAAAUGAAUGAUGGCCCAUUGUGUCGAUGCUCGGCAAAGUCACGGCGAACCGGCAUACGACACAACAUUUAUCCCGGUGAAGAGAUAAUACCAAAAUGUUUACCAAAUUCAAAUAAUGCCACAAAGCUAUACCAUUACAAAAUAACCGUAUCACCACCCACAAAUUUCCUAACAAAAACGCCAACAAUGAUUAAGCAUGACGAACACGAAUUUCUAUUUGAAGGAUUUUCUCUACUUUCACACCAACCGCUUGGCGAGUUUCCCGAUUGUACGGUCAUUCGUUUCAAUAUAGAAUACAAAAUUAUGUAUUUUGAAGAGAAAAUGCCGGAAAAUUUUACAAUACAAGAAUUGGAUUUGUUUACUGAAUAUUUAUUCGGUGAAAUUCUUGAAAUGACAGAUUUUUCCGUCUUACCGAAACAAAACGAUGAUACAUGUUCGCUGUUUCAUUUUUUUCCGCGAUUUGUACGUGCCAUACCCGAUAAUGGCAAAGAAAUUCUAUCAAUGAGCGUUGUUCUAAAAUAUUUACUCGACAAUUCUGGUCCACUUGUCGAUGGAUCAAUUCUUAAAGAUAUGGAUAAGGUGCAUCAACGUGAGUGGCAAGAAUAUGUAGAUGAAGUAAAGGGUAUGGUUGUGACGAAUCCUGGAAUGAAACCGUGCUCGAUCCGAGUCGACCAAUUGGAUCGGAAUGUUGGCGAUUUACCGAACUGUGUCGAUCCGGAAGAUGCCAAUAUUGUGCAUCCGGUGAUUGUACACUUUGCUGUUCGUCCACCACAAUUGAGCUAUGCUGGCAAUUCGGAAUAUCAAAAGUCAUGGCGUGAAUAUGUUAAAUUUCGACAUUUAGUGGCCAAUAUGUCGAAACCAUCGUACGAAGACAAACGAAAGUUGGAGGCGAAAGAGAGUCGACUACAAGAAAUGCGAACCGAAGGCCGUUUUAAACGAAAUAUUCCGGUUGAUAUUUCUUCAAAAGGUUUUUAUCGUACUGGAAUCAUGUGCGAUAUUGUUCAACAUGCACUCUUAAUACCCGUACUAACCACACAUCUUCGGUUCCAUCAAUCGCUUAAUUUGCUGGAGAAUAACAUACAAUACAAAUUCAAAAAUCGUUAUCUAUUGCAAUUGGCCUUAACACAUCCAUCUUAUAAGGAGAAUUUCGGUACAAAUCCAGACCAUGCGCGAAAUAGUUUAUCAAAUUGCGGCAUUCGGCAGCCCGAAUAUGGAGAUAGGAAAAUUCACUAUUUACAUGCAAGAAAACGCGGCAUAAACACACUCAUCAAUAUUAUGUCAUUGUUUGGAAAAGAAAAUGCAACCGAAAGCAGCAUAACACAUAAUGAACGUUUGGAAUUUCUCGGCGAUGCAGUUGUUGAAUUUAUAACAUCCGUUCAUUUAUUUCUUAUGUUUCCCGAUCUUGAAGAAGGUGGACUGGCCACUUAUCGUGCUGCUAUCGUACAAAAUCAACAUUUAGCUGUUUUAGCAAAGAAAUUGCGAUUGGAUGAGUUUAUGCUGUAUGCGCACGGCUCGGAUUUGUGUCAUGAAUUAGAAUUGAGACAUGCGAUGGCCAAUUGUUUUGAAGCAUUUAUGGGCGCGCUGCAUUUAGAUGGAGGCAUCGAAGUGGCCGACAAAGUGUUUGGAACUACACUGUUCCUUGAGAACGACACACUCAAAAGGGUUUGGGUUAAUUUACCACAACAUCCGCUGCAAGAGCAGGAACCAUUGGGAGAUCGACAAUGGAUCAAAGAUUAUCCAUUGCUUCAAAGUUUAGUUAAAUUCGAAGAUACGAUUGGCGCCAAGUUUCAUCACAUUCGUUUAUUGGCACGAGCAUUUACAGAUCGUAGCAUUGGUUAUACUCAUUUAACCAUGGGCUCCAAUCAGCGUCUUGAAUUCCUCGGUGAUACUGUGCUACAAUUAAUUUGUUCCGAAUUCUUAUAUCGACAUUUUCCCGAACAUCACGAAGGACAUUUAUCAUUGUUGCGAAGUUCCCUAGUCAAUAAUCGAACGCAAGCGGUUGUUUGUGAUGAUUUGGGUAUGACUGAGUAUGCGAUAUAUGCAAAUCCAAAAACUGAAUUGAAAACAAAAGACAGAGCUGAUUUGUUGGAAGCAUUUUUGGGUGCAUUGUAUGUGGACAAAGGUCUUGCAUAUCCCGAAGUAUUUUGUCAAGUUUGUCUAUUUCCUCGACUACAAAUGUUCAUUAUGAACCAAGACUGGAACGAUUCAAAAUCAAAAUUGCAGCAAUGUUGCUUGACGCUUCGUACAAUGGAUGGUGGUGAGCCCGACAUUCCAGUUUAUAAGGUGAUUGAAUGUACCGGACCAACAAAUACUCGUGUAUAUAAAGUGGCCGUUUACUUCAGAGGCAAACGCUUGGCCAGUUCAUCGGGACAUUCAAUACAACAAGCCGAAAUGGAAGCAGCAAAAACAGCAUUAGAAAAUUCAUCGGCACUAUUUCCACAGUUGGACUAUCAAAAACGCGUAAUAGCAAACAGUAUGAAACGACAAAAAGGCAAACCCUAUACGAGGGAACAAAAACGCAAUCGCACAGAAUUGCAAAAAAUUGCAAAAAAAAUUGCCGAGGAUGAUUCACAUUUACCGAAACAAUAUCGUAUUAAUGAGAAAUCAAAUAAACAAUCAUCAGAUGAAUCAAACUCACUUAAAUCCGAUUCUGAUGGAAAAUAUUCGGAUUCAUCGCAUCUUAGUUGUUCGACCAACAAGACUAAGCGAACAAAACAAAAGAAAAAACACAAACACCGAAAAAAGAAUCGUGCAAAUGAUGAAGAUGAACCACAUUUGAAAUGCAAGGAUGAAAAUAAGCAAGAACUCCAAAGUAUGCAAGAAAAACUGGAAACACAAAUCAACGAAACAAACGCGAAUACAAUUCAAGAUUUUACCAAACACAAUGACGUAGAAGACGACUUGGCAAUAGAAAAUUAUCAUUCGGAUGAAUCAGACACGUUUAAAUCCGAUUCCGAUGCAAAAUAUUCGGAUUCAUCUCAUUUUAGUUGCUCCAGCAGGAGUGAGCGUAUAAAACACAAGAAAAAACUCACAUACCGAAUGAAAGAUCAUGCAAGAGAUGACAGCGAUGAGUCACAUUUGACAUGCAAAAAUGAAAAUAACCAAGAGCUCCAAAAUAUGCAAGAAAGACUAGAUGUACAAAUGUACGAAUCAAACGCGAAUACAACGGAACAUUUAACCAAACAAAAUGAAGUAGAAUACGACUUAGAGAUAGAAACAAUUGAUUCUGGUGAUGAUAUUGCUUCUUUAGAAUCUGGGGAAAUCUCAUAAGCAAAAUCAUCUUUCGAUAAACAAAUUGUAUAAUUUUUUAUAUCCUUCCAAAUUGUUGUCUUCAAAAGACAAUUGUUAUUCAGUGAUAGCUUUUGGACGAUUCGUAAUUAACAUUUUUUAGAAUGAUAUAAUGGAAUUAUUAGUAUUAAACGCUUAUCUAACGCUGUAUUGAAAUUGAACCAAAAUUUUAAUCACAACAAAAUGAAGUAUUUUCAUUACAAAAUUAAACACAACAGUUUCUUUCUUAAA